GGCGGCGGCGGCGGGCCCGGGCUGGCCGAGGCCCGGGGCUGGCGCUGCUCCUGCUGCCUCCUGGGCACCUGCUGGUGCAAGAGCUGCCUCAGCGUGUGCGUCCUGGCGGCCCUCUGCUUCGCCUCGCUGGCCCUGGUGCGCCAGUACCUGCGGGACCUGCUGCUCUGGGCCGAGAGCCUGGACAGCCUGGCCGGCGUGCUGCUCUUCACCGUGGGCUUCGUCGUCGUGUCCUUCCCCUGCGGAUGGGGCUACAUCCUGCUCAACGUGGCCGCCGGCUACCUCUACGGCUUCGUGCUGGGCAUGGGGCUGAUGGUGCUCGGCGUCCUCGUCGGCACCUUCGUCGCCCACGUGGCCUGCAAGCGGCUGUUGGCCCGCUGGGCGCGGGCCAGGAUCCAGGGCAGCGAGACGCUCAGCGCCAUCGUCCGCGUCGUGGAGGGCGGCGGCGGCCUCAAGGUGGUGGCUCUGGCACGGCUGACGCCGAUCCCCUUCGGGCUGCAGAACGCCGUCUUCGCGAUUACAGAUUUGUCACUACCGAACUACCUGAUGGCUUCUUCAGUUGGGCUGCUUCCUACUCAGCUCCUAAACUCAUACUUGGGCACUACCUUGCGCACCAUGGAGGAUGUGAUUGCAGAACAAAGUGUUAGUGGCUAUUUUAUAUUCAGUUUACAGAUUGUCAUAAGUAUAGGACUCAUGUUUUAUGUUGUUCACCGAGCUCAAGUGGAACUGAAUGCAGCUAUUGUAGCGUGCGAAAUGGAAAUGAAGACAUCGUUUGUUAAAGACAGUCAACCAAGCAUCAGUGGUUCAACCACAUACUGCAACAAAAGGACAGUAGCAUUCUCUGGAGGAGGUGUCAAUAUUGUGUGAUUUCAAGUAUUAAUAAAGUAAGGUUUUGUGAACCUAAGCUAUUGCCUAGAAAUAUCUAUGGACAAUUCAACUAGUUUUCAAAAAAAUUACAAGUGGUUACAGGUUGUACUGUGGCACAAACCAACUGACCAGCUCUUCAAUUGCACAUGGGGUGACUUCUAGCAAGAAAAGAAAGAUGAUGAAGUAACUUAAGAUGUAAAUGCAAAUUUGGCUGCACCUUUGGUCAUUUAUUAUGCCUGUCAUGGCCUGUAGUCUGCACUUUAGGUUUUUUUCCUUUGCCUCCUAUAAACUGAGAAAUGCUUCUAUAAAUUGAGAAAAGUAGCACAGAGGUAAAUAUUUUUCUGCUUUGCAUUAUUUAUAAGGCUGAAUAAUUAUAUGCAGUAGAAUUUUAUUACUGAUAAAGAUGAAUGAGAAAGUAUGCAAUUCAAUGUAUGUUAUUCUUGAAUGUGCUUUUGCUUUGGAAUUGCUUCUAGAACUUGGAGUGUAUUAUUUAGCUAAUGAUGGGACCUUUUGGCUUUUCCUUCAUUUUUGAUUUUAAAAAAAAGAGAACCCUAUAUAAAGUUUUGGUUGAAUGUAUUUUUGUAAGUCAUUAAAAAUGUUGCAGAGCCAUGCGUAUGUAUUCACACAAGCUUAAAUCCUACAUUGUGGGACUGAAGUGCUCUUAAAUAACAUUUUAAGUUACACUGUGUAAUAUGCAAAGUAAAAGGGAAAAUACAGAAGUUAUAAUAGAUUGCAGUGACUGUUUGAAGGAGACUUCAUGACUUAAUUGUUGCUUUGGUUUUACCACCUUGGUGAUUGUAACACAGGGCUGUUCCACGUUAGUCCUAUUUAUAAUAUUUUUAGUUGUUAAAAGGAUGGAGUUUUUCAACUCGCAUGACUGCAUGUAAUAAGGCUUCCAGAAUAGGAAGCUAAAUCUCUCCUUUAAACAAAGUGAUGGGAUACCGGCAGUACCAAUCGUACAUGAAGGUGGCCUUUAUUUUGUAAGUGAACCCCCCCUCCCUUUAAAAAGCUUUAAAAAUUCACUUUGGUUGGCAUGUUUUUGCUAAAAGUUCUACAUUUUUUAAAAGAUGCAAUCUAUUAUAAAUUUCAUCAGAGUGAAGAUAUGAAAACUAGAGGUUCUCCUUGGAAAAAUAAAUAAUCCAGUAACAGAGGAGGACAGUAAUGUCUCUGAGACUCAGGAAUUCUGACUCCAUUUUUGCAAGACAACACUGUAUUGGAUAAUGCUCCUUUUAUGUGUGCUGUGGACUGUUUUUCACUGCAUUUGAAUAGACUGGAUAACCCGAUAGUAACUUGUGUGUGUGU